AUGACUUCAUCCUUCCGCCCGGGUUUCCUUUAUGAUGUAGGGUUGUCCCAAGCGCUCGGCUCAGACGCUGAUCGAGGCUGUUGGACGCCGCAUCCGCUUCUUGCCCGCCCGCCCCGGCUGAACCUUGCUGCCUCUUCGGAGCCGAUCGCCCCCGCCGCCGCCGCCGCCACCAUGUCUGAGAUCCUGCCCUACAACGACGACAAAGUGGCCCGCUAUGGCACCGACUCGGAGGUGGGCGACAUCUCCUUCAGCUGCCGCCUCCAGGACACCAACUCCUGGGGCAACCAAUCCAAGCGGCCCCCCAAGUUAGGACAGAUCGGACGAGCCAAGCGAGUGGUCAUCGAAGACGAUCGAAUAGACGAGGUGCUGAAGGGCAUGGCUGGGAAGUCGCCGUCCGGGGUAUAAAGCGGGCACCGCAGCGCCUCUGCAUCAGCUGCAGCGGAUUCCCCCGAAUUUUUAAAGCACUUUUGGCUGUGCAUGUUUGUUGGGAUUGUGGACAAACCAGAAAAGCACGGAAGAAGAUGAGGCUGCUGGCAACACUCUCCACCUCCAACGCGACCCCGGCCCGAAGAAGGAACUGAUGUGUGUGGGGGGGCCGUAUCAUCUCUCUCUCUCUCUCCCCCCCCCCCCCGACCUUCCUUCCUCUUCCUCCCUCUUUCCAACGGAGCGCCGCGGGACGCCGAGACCUUGUCAUCCCCCCCCGCCCCAAUGUUGUCCCCGUCGCCACACAACAC